AUGACCAGGCAAAUGCUGACCUUCUUUGCACUGCUAGAUCAUUACAAUAACCCACGCAACGUUGGCUCACUACCCAAGGAUGCCCCUGAUGUCGGUCUCGGUCUGGUCGGUGCACCUGCUUGCGGUGACGUGAUGAAGCUUCAGAUUCGGGUCGAUAAGGACACCAGCAAGAUUACCGACGUCAAGUUCAAGACUUUUGGCUGUGGUAGCGCGAUCGCCAGCUCCAGCUACCUGACCGAGUUGGUGCGAGGAAUGACGCUUGAUGAGGCCGCUAAGAUCCGGAACACCGACAUUGCCAAGGAACUUUGCCUGCCCCCCGUCAAGUUACAUUGCUCCAUGCUUGCCGAGGAUGCCAUCAAGUCCGCCAUCAACGACUACUACACCAAGAACCCCAAGGCCGCUAAGACUGAUCUUUCUGGCACUGCCGCUUCCAUUCCCAACGUGGAAAAGACCGACGGUAGCACCGCGAGUCUGUGA